UGAUUUUCAAAUCUAUGAAUGGUCAAGAACAAAAAGGAAAGAAAUGACAUGAUCAGAGGCAACAGUUUCGUUUCCAUGAUUAUGGACAGAGAAAAAAGGGUUUCUUUAGAUUGAAUAAAUACAAAAAGGUGAAACUUUUGUUUUUGUUAGCCGCUCUAAAGAAAUGAAAAGUAAAGAAGGAGAAGAAGAGGAAGACGAUGGAGAAGAAGAAGAAGAAGGGCAAAAAGGGAAAGGAUUUAUCGAAAAGUUAAGGAGAAGAGCUGUCUUUGUAGGCCAUAGAAGUGUCUUUCGCCGACCUUCCACCCCGGCGCACAUUAGCUUCAACCCUAAUAAUCCUUCUUCUAAUUUCUCAUCUUCCUCUAGAAAGCUUGCAGCUUCUCUCUGGGAAUUUUAUCAGUACUACGACCAAGACCACGAGAUUCCUCCAGUUGCUAAAAUGCACCGACCUCCGUACGCUUCUGCUGAUCCUAUCAACCGUCGUCUCCGUCACGGCCAUGGAAAAGCGGCUAUUAAAGACAAUGGUCUUGAUUUCACUGAUGACCAGCCAGAGAGUGCGGGAAGUGAAAGGAGACAGAUCGGUCAGAUGCUGAUGAAGCAUCAUCAGUUAAUCGAAAGAAACGACCAUGCUUUGCAGCCAGUAUCUCCUGCAAGCUACGAUAGCUCCCUCGAGGUGGCUCCAUAUAAUGCAGCAGUGACUCCGGGAAGAAGACGAGGUGGUGAGCCUAACAACAAUCUCAAGACAUCAACCGAACUUCUCAAAGUACUGAACCGAAUCUGGAGCCUUGAGGAGCAGCACUCUGCUAAUAUCUCUUUGAUAAAAGCUCUAAAAACCGAGCUUGCUCAUUCACGUGCCCGGAUCAAAGAGCUUCUCAGAUGCCAGCAAGCCGAUAGACGCGAGAUGGAUGAUCUAGUGAAGCAACUCGCGGAAGAAAAGCUGUCAAAGGAAACAAAGGAACACGAUCGGUUAAGCUCUGCUGUUCAGUCGCUGGAAGAUGAGCGGAAACUAAGAAGACGUUCUGAGAGUUUGCAUAGGAAACUGGCACGGGAGCUCUCGGAGGUGAAGUCUACGUUGUCUAACUGCGUUAAGGAGAUUGAGAGAGGGACCAAGUCGAAGAAGAUUCUGGAGAGAUUAUGUGACGAGUUUGCGAAAGGGAUCAAGAGUUACGAAAGGGAGAUUCAUGGUUUAAAGCAGAAGCUGGAUAAAGAUUGGGAAGGUUGGGAUGAACAAGAUCAGAUGGUUCUUUGUAUUGCGGAAUCAUGGCUUGACGAAAGAAUUCAGAGCGGAGACGGAUCUGCGUUGGAGAAGCUCGAGUUUGAGAUAGAAACGUUUCUUAAGAGUAAGCAGAACAAGGAAUCUAAUGAUAAGCCAAGGAAUCGUCGGAGUUCACUUGAGUCUGUUCCAUAUAACGCCUUGAGCGCGCCGAUUCAGGAAGUAAACAGUGAGGAGGAAGAAGAAGAUUCGAAUUGUUUUGAGCUCAAGAAACAUGGAGGUGAUGAAACUGAGAAACAGGAAUUACCAAAAGCAGAUGUUAAGUCUGGUGAGAAACCGAGAAGCCCGUCGUCGAGUUUACAAGUGAAGUUCGAGGAUCAAAUGGCGUGGGCGAUGUCUUGUAAUGAGAAGAAGAAAUCUAGAGCCCUUGAAACUGAGCCUGAAACUGAUAAGUGUGGUAAAGAAACGGACAAUGUAGUUGGAGAAAUGAUCAGAGCUCAUCGGAGGUUAGUGUCGGAAACUCGGGGAAUCGAUGAAGCUUCUUGCAGUUACCUAUCAAAAAGACCAGAGAGCGCGAUUCGUCACUGGAAUCCGAGAAACAUAAGACCUGAUCUCGGUGCGUCUGAAAUUUCAACGGCAAAAGGAGUAAAGGAGAACACUUUGAGAGCUAAACUAAGCGAAGCGAGAAGCAAGAGCUCCCGGCCACGGAUUCGGCUAUUCAAGGGCUAAGAUUCUGUGUUGGAAGAGUUACUGUUGGUCAAGUGGUGGGAGAUGGAACAAUCCUGAGUUUUGUUGUCGGAAAUAGACACAACCUAUGAAAGUUCCAUUUCUUGUGUGGAUAUGUUCAAUCUUGUAAAUGUUUGUAAACUAUAUGUAUAAUGUAUAUCUGUGUAAUAGCGAUUUCAUUGUCUCUGGAUUUCGGAUUCUUGUUUUUCUUA